UGGGCCGAGGGUGUCUACUAAAGGCUGUCUUCUCUCCACCGAAGCCAAGGGAAGGGAAGGGAAGAGCGCUCCUCAUCUCCUCCGCGCCGGCGCCUCGCCUCGAUCCAGAUCCACCACCGCAACUGCAGGGUCAGUUAACUACCGCGCACACACACCAACAUAAAGAAAGAAAAACAACAAGAAGAAUGUCGGCGGAUUCCAGCGCUCGUAGGCAGCCAACCUUCACCAAGGUGGACCAGCUUCGCCCAGGCACCCAUGGCCACAACUUAGUCAUCAAGGUUGUCGACUCCAAGAUGGUCGUCCAGAGGGGCCGUGCCGAGGGGGGGCCCCAGGGCAGGCAGAUGAGGAUUGCCGAGUGCAUGGUUGGUGAUGAAACCGGCAUCAUUGUCUUCACCGCAAGGAACGACCAAGUGGAUGUAAUGAAGCCUGGGGCAACUGUUGAGCUGAGGAACGCGAAGAUUGACAUGUUCAAGGGUUCGAUGCGGCUUGCAGUGGACAAGUGGGGAAUCGUGAAAGCUGCUGAAAGCCCAGCUGAGUUCACAGUCAAGGAUGACAACAACCUGUCGUUGAUUGAGUUUGAGCUGGUGACUGUGGUGGAGUGAACUCUUGUGUUGUUGAACGGAUUCAUCUUCACCAAACAAUAAGCGAGUCAUGGUUGAUGUUUUUUUCAUGUAUCGGAGGUUGCCUAGCAUCAUGUUUAGUUUUCGAAUUGGUGAGCUGUGGAGCAAUGGAAGUUGGACCUGUCAUUAUGCAUUUGAGUUUGCCGUGCUGAUGUAACAUGGCUGCUUAGUUGCUAGUGUUGGUUCUGCAUUCGCGUUGCAACAUGAACAUAGAGUGCACUCUAAUGAAUAAUAAGAUGUUAAUUGUGUACU